UAACACUAAAACGCGUUUCUCUCUUGUUUCUCCUUCUUUCGCACUUAUGGCUAGAAGCUGGCUUAUUGACAUUGGAGGAUUUGCAAAGAAAGUGAAAAACACUACUGUGUCAACAACUGAUCAAAUCAAGGAUUUUGGAACAUAUCGUAAAUGCCCCAAAUGUCAUUACCAUAAUGAUAACAAUGAUGUUUCUCAUGUGUGGCCUGGCUUUCCUGUUGGCGUAAAGUUUGUUCCUUCUGAUGUUCAGCUUUUAGAGCAUUUAGCAGCAAAGUGUUGUAUCGGAAACAGAAAGCCGCACAUCUUUAUUCAUGAUUUCAUCCCUACUCUAGAAGGAGAUCAAGGAAUUUGCUACACACAUCCAGAAAAUCUUCCAGGUGCUAAGAAAGAUGGGAAUAGUGUCCAUUUCUUUCACAAAACAGUUAAUGCAUAUGCUACUGGACAAAGAAAGCGUCGAAAGAUUCAUGAUGAACGUGGUUUGAAUGAGGAGAAUGUACGCUGGCACAAGACUGGUAGGACCAAAGCUGUGAUAGAAGAUGGAGUGCAUAAGGGCUUUAAGAAGAUCAUGGUCCUUUAUGUAAGAUCCAAGAAAGGGUCCAAGCCAUAUAAAACCAAUUGGGUGAUGCAUCAGUACCAUCUAGGGAGUGAAGAAGAUGAGAAGGAUGGUGAAUAUGUGGUUUCAAAAGUUUUUUAUCAACAGCACAAGAAGAAUGAGGAGAAUCCAGUGGUUGAAGAUUCUAAGAUAGCAGCACAAACAGGUCCAAGAACUCCAAUUCCAAAUCCCCCUACUCGACCUUGUACAGGCAAAUCUGAUGACAAUUUUGAUGAAAAUGAACUUCUGCCAUUCAUCCAGGAUGCCAAGCCUAUACCUGGAGGAUCACAUACACCACCAUCUGAUGUUCAGGAUGAGGACAAUAAGCAAGACCCUGCAUGCUUGGCUGGUGAACCACAGGCUGACUCUGACUUUGAUGGCUUGGAUGACAUAUUGUUAUGCAAGGAGAUGUUAGGUUCAUCUGCUCUCUUUACUGAUUCUGAAUUGACCUCCACUAUUAAAGGAGAUUCAAUCAAGUUUGUUGCACCUGGAAACAAUAAUGAUCAUGCAUCUUAUGGAAUUUCUAUCUUGGACACACUGGAAUUGGAUUCUCCUCCAGAUUUUGAUCUUUCUAAUUUGCAAUUUGGUUCCCAAGACAGCACCCUUCAGUGGAUUGACAAGCUAUAAGGUGUGUUGUUUUGAAGCAACUUCUAAUUGGCACUGAUGCUAGCUUGGACCCUAUGUGUUCCAAGAGACAGUUUAGUCAAUUGCAAUAAUUUUUACUAUUCCUACAUGCCAUGAUUGUGUGUGAAGCUCAGGUUGUUAUGAUGUGACAAACUUUAUGCCUGUGUCAGGUUUCUGGACUGUUGUAACUUGUAUAUAUGUUGUUUGGAAUUGGAUAUCCGUUAGAAUGGUGAUGAAUGGAAGUUUUGCAUUUUCCAGUGCGUAGACGGAAAAAGCUAUGUGAAUGAUGAAUUCGGUUGAACAUGAAUUUAGUUGAAUGAAACUCCUCGCUAGGUUGGAGGCACCUCAAAGGGUGUGAUAGCUGACUCCAAGAUUUAACGCAGCUGCAUACACAAGGCAGGAUUCGAAUCCCUGACCUUGCUUAAGCGUAGAUCAACUCCUACCGCUGAACUACACGCUUGGGAUCGAAUGAAACUGUAAUCUAAACACACUAAGUUGAAGUUGGAUCUUGUGCAUUGUGCAUUCUUCUUGUGAAAUCAAACAAUUUGAAUAAUUUGUUUUUCAAAUUAAUUAAUGGGGUGAAGGCACUCCUAA